UGUCAAAACACAACACAACAGUUUUUGGAAAGAGGAACGAUUUUUAUUGGCUUGAUCGAACUCCCGAACUGCAGAGUAGACAGAUAGUACAGGUUUAUUUCACAUUGCCUUCCACCGCUCCACCGACAGCAGUAAAUACAGAGGGCGAAAAGCAAAUCGUAAACAUACAUCUACCAAAAGGAAUAACAAUCAAGAAAACAAAAGUAGCAGAGCAAAUAGAACCAACUACAAAUGAGUAUGUUGAAACGCCCAAAGUAUCUUCAACCUACAUUACAACGAAUAUUAUCAAACAGCAUGUCCAUGAUGAACAACGUCAAUUACCCAAAUCAAUACGUCCAACACCUGGAAAAGCUUUCCGGAUACUAGAUGAUAAUGAUGAACUUGAAAACGCGUCCAAAGAAUCAGAAUGUGAGGAAAUCAAGAAAACAUCGAAUCGCAUUAGUGGACAAGUACCAUCACAACCAAAGAUACAUACAAUACCCGGAAAAGCUAUCCGUAUACUAGAUGACAAUAAUCAACAACAUAAAAUGUCCGAUGAUUCAGAUUCUGAGGAAAUCAAGAAAACUCUGAGCAUCAGGGAUCGAAAGCUCGACGUGAUGAAUAGAUACGUCGUUGCAAUGAAACAAACGCUGGAAGCCAUCAGUUCUGAUAUCCAGAUCUCUAGAAAUAGCGGAAGAGCCAGCAGAAAAAUUUGCCUCCCAGUAGAAAAUGAUGCUGGACUACUGGAAUUAGAAGAAUUUUCGAAAUUACAGCAGGGGGAAGAUGCGCUGCGUGAGCGAAUCCGUAAUGAAUCGUUCAAAACAUUAUACGAUUUUCUGAGAAAUAUGGUGAAACUUCUCUUUGGAAGAACAUGUCAUUUCACCUGGACAGGAAAAUCCGCACACAACGCACAAUAUGCUAAGGUAGCACGCAGCGCUUCAGAACUGCAUAUUAUAGAACUUUUAAUAGAAGUCGCACAGGAAAAGUUCGCCGUGGAUAAGAAUCGCGCCGAAACAGAGUUCAUCAGGGCUUUACAUAAUUUCAAUGAAAGCAUAGCUCUAAGUAGAAAGCGUAAAAAUGAAUUAUCCACAAUAUGGAAAAUAAAAAAAAAUUUAGUUAUUAAAUUUAAAAUACAAUAAUUUAUUAUCUGUUUUACGUAUUCCAAAAUAUAAUUUAUUCAAGAUAAAUUUAAAUUAAAUUUAAUAGAUGCAAAUACAAUAAAUAAAAUGUGUACAUAUACAGUGGAAGCCCGAUUAUCCGCGAGCGAAUGAUCCGAGGUGCGGAUUAUACGCGACAGCGAGUUUCAUAGUAAAUUCAUAGGCCUUUCAGGAAUUUGUCAGUAGUGAUAGGAUAAUGCACUUUUGUUUUGAUCAUGGCUUUCACAUUAUCUGGAUAAUGGUGUACAGAACCUUCUAGAUGGAUAGUUUAAUAAUUGAUAAAACAUAUUUUUCAUGCUGAAAUAUCUUUUUUUUCGCUAACUAAAAAACUAAACUCAUGUUUAGUUCAUUAUUGCGUUAUUCGUGGUGAGCUAGCCAGACUAUUCCACGGAUAAUCGAGGUUCUACUGUAUAUAGAAUAACAAUAUAAUAUUAAGAAUGAGCAAAUUUCAGAAAAAAACUAAAACAACUGUAGAACUGUUUAUCCUUGUUUCGAUUUGAAACUGCAUCAUAAACUCAUUAUGAUUAUUUCAUAAUUCCUCAACAGAUUUACUAAACAUAGUCUACUGUUGUUUCAGAUUACAAGCAGCUGCACUUGGUCCCCUUCUGGUAGAAAAGGACAAAAAAGAAAGGCUACGGAACGAUUUUCACCUAAGAAACUGACUGAUUAAUCAGGACUGUAUCCUUCCAUUAGAGUGAUAAUUAGAACGGGAAGUUAUAAUUCUUGCUUAAUGAUACCUAUCGAUUCCAAACUAUAAAAUUGCCAAGUAAAAAGUGCAUCUUUCUGUGUUACCACAUUAGUAAUCGCAUUAGGAAUCGAUUUCUAUUAACAAAACACCUCCAAAUCUCGUAGUGAUGCUUAUCGAACAAUUCUAUUUAUUUAAAACCAUUUUAACCAUUACAAAAAUAAAAAUCAGCUACAAUAUAUGAACCCGCCAACGGCAAUCUACGGUCACUCGGAACUGAGUCUAAUAAGUCGUGCAAAAAUAAUUAUAUUAACUGAUUAUCACAUCAAUU